AUGGUUGGAGAACAAGCUGGAUCACAAAGUAGUGCAGCAGCAGAUAUAGCGAGUCAAAUCGUUGCAAUUCCACGCCAAAAUAUUUAUGUGCAUAAGUUUGAUUUUAUGAAGAUUCUUUCGGUUCUGUUUGAAUCCGUAUACGCACCAGUUGGAACUGGAGCAUCCAGCGAUUUUUAUGGAGUUCGUGCAUUUGAGGCUGGUCUUCUUGCCAUGCUUUUCUUUGUAAUCAUCCUGCGGUUAUUUGAAUUCCAUAAUAAUAAGCCAAUUGUCGACUUGGAAUUAGAGAAGUUCCGGGGAGAGUACACAACGUGCUUCAUAAUGGAUGAAAGGCAAGCAGAGCUUCGGAAUAAAAUGAAUAAGACACUUUUUACAAUAAUAGACGAAAAAAAAAUAAGAGGUGAAACAUCAACAUUUGAUGUAACCGACGUGGUAGACGGAAUAGGCCACGAGCUAUCAAAUGAGGCCUCUGCACUGAGCAUGCCUGAGUACCUCUCCAAGAAGUUCUCAAAGAAUUCUAGCUCGUUUACUAAGACAGCUCUGUCUUUUGCAAUCACCAUUGUCUUCUUUAUUAGAGCAACUGGUGUAUGCAGUAAUGCGUGGACAGCAAUGCUUAGUUCUAAUUCAUUUUUGGCUGCUGCUAUUUUGUGCUUGCAAAUGAUUAUUCAGAUGUUUUUGUUCAUUAUUCUUUUGAUACUUAUAUUUGAUAAAAGUGGGAUAUUUGUUGCUACGCUUACAACCAUGCUGACUAGUAUGCUGUCAUACGGUAUACUAGCGCCUUCGAAUGGUUUCCAACAAGGUUUCAUACAACUUUUAUUUGCGAUGUUUUCAUCGGAAAUGAUCAAAAACUGUUUGUUCUCCGUUUUGGGCAUAAUACUUCACUCUUUGGUGACUAUUCUGUUCAAAUUAACAACAAGCAAAACAGCUGAUUUAGUCUUCUCAAUACAGGGUGCGGAUUUUUGCAGGCUCGCUAUUGCUACAAAGAAAAUAGCUGAGUAUACUAAGGAAGUUGAAAAAAUCCCAGGCACAAUCCCAUCCGAGAUUGAUGAUACCUUAAUUAAUGAUCUUGUUGGUCUGGAGGUUUGCAUGGCCAUGCCAGGUAAUUUUCUCGCGUUCCUUAUGUUUGUCAUAGCAUCGUAUGUUAUUAUAUUUGAGGUGGAUAUGUCCGUUAUAUACUUCAUUUUGACAAAAGCCCCACAUGUUGGCCCAUUUGCAUACAUCCGGAAUAAUAUCGUUACAAGAUGGAUCACUAUAACUAAGAUAAUAGCAUAUAUUGCAUGCUUUGUAGGAAGUGUAUUAAUAUUUAAAUGCAACCCAAUGUAG